AUGGCGGAUAAGACUUCUCUCUUAAAGUGGUCGCCUGAUUUUGACAGUGCUGUGGGAUAUUAUAGCAAGGCUGCGGUAAUUUAUCGGAACGCAGGGAUGCUGCAAGAAUCGGCCGGUAUUUACAUGCAGAUCGCUGACAUUCAUGCAAAAAACAAGUCAUUCUUCCACUGCGCGAAGGCAUAUGAAACAGCAUCUUUGCUGUUUCGCGAUCUUGGAAAUUUCGAUAAAGUGGUUGAAUGUAUUGAAACUGCUGGGAAAAUUUUAAGGCAGAAUGGUAUCCCAGAUUCUGCUUCGACCCUCUAUGCCAAAAGUGCAAAAGGGCUGGAAGGAAACAUGCCUGAAAAAUCAGCCCAAUUCUACGAGUGUGCGGCAGAUACAUCCGAAUUGGAGGAGAAGUACUUACAAGCAGCGGACUUCGCUGGGCAGUCGGCGCGUCUAUGGACGCGUUUACGACAUUUUAAGGAAGCUGAUCGCCUUCUGCGUUACCAGAUGCGCCUUUGUUCCCUCGGUGCUAGCGGAGAGAACGUCCAUACUGCCUACCAAGUCUGUGGAAAGGCGGUUGUUGGUUUGGUGGUAGUAAAACUGGUCCUUGAAGACUCGUGCGCCGCUGAGAAUGUUUAUAGGGAAGCGGUGGAACAGUAUCACUUCAACGAGACAGAUGAUGCAGCGGCGGUAGCGAAACUUCUUCAGGCCUACGAACCUUACGAUUCCGCAGCAAUGGCGGAAGCGAUCUCUCUGCCGACUUUUCGAAAUCUGGAAACUGAUUUCGCGCGUCUGGCUCGGUCUAUCAAGGCUCCCGAGUCCUUUGGAGAUCAAGCGUUGCCUUCCACUCCGGUCAACGAGGAAUCCGAAGAUAUUUGUUGA